UGCCCCAAACCCGCGGGAUGGAUUUCUGAGGGAGAGGCUGAAACCGCAGGCUCCGAGUCAGCAUGCUGUGCUGGGUCGCGCCCCUGCUCCUGCUGAUGCUCCAGGGUGGCUGGGGCUGCCCAGAUCUCGUCUGCUACACCGAUUACCUCCAGACAAUCACCUGCAUCCUGGAGAUGUGGACCCUCCAUCCCAGCACAUUCACACUUACCUGGGAAGACCCGUACGGAGAACUGGAGGACGAGGUCACUUCCUGCAGCCUCCACAGGUCCACCCACAAUGCCACACACGCUAAGUACACGUGCCACAUGGAUGUGUUCCGCUUCAUGGCUGACGACAUUUUCAGUGUCAACAUGACAGACCGGUCUGGCAACCACUCCCAGGAGUGUGGCAGCUUUGUCCUGGCUGAGAGCAUCAAGCCAGCUCCCCCUUUCAAUGUGACUGUGACCUUCUCGGGACUUUAUAAUGUCUCCUGGCGCUCUGAUUAUGAAGACCCUGCUUUCUACGCACUGAGGGGCAAGCUUCAGUAUGAGCUGCAGUACAGGAACCGGGGAGACCCCUGGGCUCUGAGUCCGAGCAGAAAGUUGAUCUCGGUGGACUCAAGAAGUGUCUCCCUUCUGCCCUUGGAGUUCCGCAAAGACUCGAGCUAUGAGCUGCAGAUACGGGCGAGUCCCCAGCCUGGCUCCUCCUUCCAGGGCACCUGGAGCGAGUGGAGUGACCCGGUCAUCUUUCAGACUCAGCCAGAGGAGUUAAAGGAGGGCUGGGACCUGCGCCUCCUGCUGCUUCUUGUCCUGGUUGUCAUGGUCCCCACCCUAGUCUUCUUGGGCCUGAAGAUCCACCUGCCUUGGAGGCUGUGGAGGAAGGUGUGGGUGCCCAGCCCCGAGCAGUUCUUCCUGCCCCUGUAUGAGGGCCACCACGGAGACUUCAAGAAAUGGGUGGGUGCACCCUUCACUGCCUCCAGCCUGGAGCUGAGGCCCUGCAGCCCAGGGAAGCCAUCCACCCUGGAGACGCACAACUACCGCCUGCCACAGAGUAUGACCAAGGGGCUGGAGCCCACCGAGCCACCAGGGCCAGCAGAUCUGGUAGAGUCUGACGGGGUGCUGGAACCCGGCUCAGCUUACAACGAGGAGGGGGACAGGCCGUACGGCCUGGUAUCCAUUGACACAGUGACUGUGGUGGAUGCGGAGGGACCAUGCACCUGUCCCUGCAGCUGUGGGGACGAUGGCUACCCAUCUCUGAAUCUGGACACCAGUCUGGAGCCUGGCCCGGGCCCAGAGGAUCCACUCUUCGGCACGGGGACCACAGUCCUGUCCUGCGGCUGUGUCUCGGAGGGGGGCAUUGGGCUGGGAGGCCCCCUGGGCAGCCUCCUCGAUAGGCUAAAGUUGUCCCUUGCGGAUGAGGAGAGCUGGGCUGCGGGGCCCUCCUGGGGUGGCGGGCUGCCAGGAGGGGCCUCCGAGAGUGAGGCAGGCUCACCCCCAGCCGGCCUGGACAUGGACACGUUUGACAGCGGCUUUGCGGGCUCUGACUGCGGCAGUCCUGUGGAGUGUGACUUCGCCAGCCCCAGGGACGAAGGGCCUCCCAGGAGCUACCUCCGCCAGUGGGUGAUCAUGGCUCCCCCACCUGCGGGACCUGGGCCCCAGGCCAGCUAG